AGACCCAUAGAUGUCUAGGCUUGUCUAAAGGAUCAAGCUGAGUUGUGUGACUUCCCUGUAGCACACUUGCGUACCUUGCUGAGUGUAGCCCAAUAAAUGAACGAAAAGAACAGCUAAUGAGGCAGCUGACAUUAAAGUCCGGAGGUGGAAUCUAGACCCCUGUUGUGAUAUCCACAACUCUAGGCCCACUGCUGACAGGCUGUGAGACAAGUGACAAAAAGAUAGGACUUUCAGUUCCUUUGGGGGUGUGCAUGCACAUGACUGAGGAGCUCUCUGACAGGUUUAGUCUAAAUCUCAGAUCCAGUAAAACUUAUAUUAUUAGAGAUAUGCAGAAGAUUUUUUUCCUCUUAUGUUUAUUUUAAAAGAAAUGUUUUAUGAGCAUUAGAGAGGUAGUGAAAUCAUGCUUGGGUUACUGAGUCUUGGGUAACAGGUAAAUAUUUGGAGGGGGGGGGCAGAAAAACAGACUGUAUCUCUGGUGACUCUGGCGAGCCGCAGGCUCUUAGUAACAGCUAGUGAAGUGGUUUCUAGCAGAUACAUAACUAGAAACGAAUAUUUCAAUAGCUUAUAUUGAACUGAAUUUUGUUUUUUUUUAAUAAGCUUGAAUUAAUAAAAUAAGAACACUCCAUUUUCCUUUCCUCCAUCUAUGAUAGACAGACUCAAUAGAAGGUCACACCACAUGAAGUCUGGGACUCACCUAUGCAGCCCGAUAUGGGGGGAGGAAUAAACGCUAAUUAUGAGAGGAGGCAACCUUUCCCAUCCCUCCUACCCACUUAACUCCUCAGUGUCUCCUCAUUUGAUUCUGUAACAUUGGUAAUGUGUGCUUCGUAUAACCAACAAUAAAACUCAAUCUCUGCAUUUAGAAUCUUAAACAGCCUUGGAGCGUCUCUGCGGAGUAAGCUGAACCACCUGCUAAGGAUUGAUCUUGGUUAAGACGUGUGCCAAGCAGAAUGUCCAACAACAUGGCCAAGAUCGCAGAGGCUCGGAAGACAGUGGAACAGUUAAAGCUGGAGGUUAACAUCGACAGAAUGAUGGUGUCUAAAGCAGCCGCUGAGCUGAUGUCAUACUGCGAAUCUCACGCCAAAGAAGAUCCGCUUGUCUCUCCUAUGCCCAACUCUGAAAACCCCUUCAGAGAGAAGAAGAUUUUCUGUGCAAUUUUGUAGUUUCUUGUUAUUUCAGUGAACACAUUUAGAUCAGCUUCAUUUGUUAGGAAAUUCAAAAUUACUGUCCCAAACUCUUCUCUGCUUUGUUUUAUAGUGACUUUUCCAGAUUUUGUGGAACUUUAUUUUCAAUAUAACCAUUCAUAUAUGGAAACAUUUUAUUGUAUAUAAUUUGUUUGGUGUAUAUCUACUUACAGAAACAUCACAUAUGUUUCACAUGCGAUCAUAAGCUUUUCAAGUUUUGGUACAUGUGAAUUCUAGAAAAUGACACAAAGUGUAUGUGAUAAUGCACCAAAUCAUCUAGACUAAAAAUAGUCUACAUGUCUAAAAAAAUCUUUUAUAAUAUUGUCUGAAUUUCACGUUUAUCGUGUGACUCUUCAUGUGAUGUUUUGCCAUAUUUCUGUGAACGCUGCUGUCAUUCUGUCACUCCUAAAUGAUUCAGCAUUCUUUUAAAAUGACGAGUGACUACACUGAAGACGCCCUCAUGCUUACUGUAUUUUUCACCUCUGCAUUUUCAUUUAUAAGGUAUGAAAAAGCCUCAGUCACAGUCACAACAAAGAUCCAAGGUGACACAAAUACUAUAAAUGUCAAUCCGUUUUUUUCUGAGGCUUGUCAGUUCUUGUUAUUACAUGGAAAUGGAAGAUGUUAUCUUAGAUCUGUGCUCUGAGCUGUGGAUUGGCUAAUGGAUCCGAUUCAUUUUACAUUAAGGUGACGCUAAGGCUUACUUUUGUGUGGCUCAAUUAAAAAUGCAUUUUGAAUUCAGGAGCAAAGUUCCCUUUGUCUCUGCUCAUUGAGGCAGGUCAUGUCUGUUCACUUCCGUGAAGAUGGUUUACAUAUUAACCUGAAACACAACAGCCUCACCCACUCAGCAACCAUGCUCUGAAGAGACAUACAAAAGAUACUGUUUCAUAAACUCACCCUGCAUGUUACUAUGUGUAAAUCUGUACUGAAGUAGAAUCUGUGAAUCUAUUCAUUUUAAUGCACAGUUUGUAUAGACGACUAAAACAUUGCCCCUGUAAUAUUAAGCAAUAUUAAGAAAAAAUACACACUGGACAUUUUAUUACAGUUUUCCCACUACUGGCAAUUAAAUAAGAGAAAAUUAACCAAGUGUCCUCAAUCAAUUCAUUAAUUCUUUGUAUUUAAGGAUUUCAUUCACACUCUCAGUAAUGGAACUUUAUUGAAGAUACUGUACUUGUUUAGUCCAGCAGUUACUGUACAUCUGGAAGUAACUGUAAGCUGAGCUUUGU